GUGCACUAGGUUGUCAGACGUUCUAGUUGUAAUUGUUCGAUAAUUAUUUAUAUUGUAUUAGGAAAUUUCUUGCUUAACAGUAGCAAAAUAACUGUCGUAUGAUAUUUUCAGAACUGAAGAACACGAACUAAUCUAAAGUAGAAAUGACAAAAGGAAGCUUGUUUUCAGUUGCUGCUCGAUCCGCUUCGUAUAAUAUAAUUCUUCAAGUUUGUAUGAGGCUGUUGACUUUUCUUUUGAAUGCUUUCAUACUUCGUUAUAUUACCAAGGAAGCAUUAGGAGUGAUCAAUGUGAGGUUGAUGCUGUUGUACACAACAACCCAGUUUCUGAGUAGGGAGGCAUUUAGGAGAGCAUGCCUCAGUAAUCCUGAUGGAGGGAAGUGGCCUCAAGUGAUUAAUCUGCUCUGGAUUACAGUUCCAGUGUCAGUUGUAUGUGGUACAGUUUUGCGCCUGAUAUGGCUAUAUGUCCUUGAACCUCCUAAUCCUGAAGUUGUGCCUGCCUAUGAGUUAGGUGUGAAUGUCAUUGUUAUAUCUGUUGUUCUGGAGAUGAUGGCUGAACCAUUGUUUGUUAUUGGCCAGGUCUUCAAAUUUGUUAAGCUAAGGGUUAUUUUGGAGGGAUUGGCUCUGUUGAUACGUUGUGUUGUAAUGGCUUCAUUAACAGUUUAUUUUCCACAACGUCCUCUGACCAUUUUUUCUAUUGGACAGCUGUUAUCAUCUAUUGUUUAUGUGUUCUCAUAUUACAUCUACUUCAUGUAUCACUUUUCUGUAUCACGAACUCAACACAUUAUAGUAUUUCCUUUCACCAGUGUGAAGGAUAUGCUUCCAAGAAGAAUUAAGGAUAAGCCUUUCCUUGAUUGGACGUUAGCCAACCUUACUUGGAGUUUUCUAAAACAAACAGUAAUGAAGCAGUUUCUCACAGAAGGUGAACGUUAUGUGAUGACUCUUUUCAAUGUUCUCAGUUUUGCAGAACAAGGUGUCUAUGAUGUGGUAAACAACCUUGGUUCUCUUGCUGCUAGAUUUAUUUUCCAACCUAUUGAAGAGAGUGGUUAUCUGUUCUUUGCUCAAGUCAUAAACAGAGAUGUUGCAGUAGAAAAACAGGCAAAGGAUGAUGUAAUAUUGAGUGCCAUUGUACUUCGGCAUCUGUUAAGAUUAAUGACCUUACUAGGAUUAACUGUGGUGACUUUUGGACAAUCAUAUUCUGAUCUGCUGCUACUGAUGUAUGGAGGAAAAUCUUUAGGGACUGGGCUAGGUCCUUUCUUGUUGAAGUGGCACUGUGUCUAUGUUGUGUUUUUGGCUGUCAAUGGAGUGACCGAGUGCUUUGUAUUUGCAGUUAUGAAAAAAGGAGAAAUAGAUAAAUACAACCAGAAGAUGGUACUUGUCUCACUGCUCUUCCUGCUAGCUUCAUUCUAUCUGACUAAACAUUUUGGAAGUGUUGGGUUUAUUCUUGCUAAUUGCAUAAAUAUGGGAGCCCGAAUUGGACACAGCUUGUUUUUCAUCAGAAAGUACUUCAAGGCUACCAGACUUGUUCCACUGGAGGGCUUAGUACCAAACCAGGCUGUUGUGGUUAUGUUUUUUCUUGUCUUCUUGAUUACACAAAGUUCUAAGGUAUUCCUUUAUAAUGAAGCUGGAGUUAUAUGGUGGCUUCUUCAUAUUCUAGUUGGGUGCUGUUGUUUAAUACUGCUCUUAACUGUUAUUUAUAUGAGAGAGAGACCUCUUGUAGAAUUUCUUUUACACUAUUGGAAGGAGAAGCAUGUAGAUGUUAAGGAAGAAGAUGACAAGUUUGCUUAACCUUUUAAUAAAAUAAUUUUAUACACUUGCCUUAGUCGUUUUUAACAUUGACUUGUUUUUUUAUAAUACUAUAUGUACAUCUUUGUUUAUGUAAGCAGUAAGACUUUUAUACACUGAAGCAGGAAAGACAUUGGUCUUUUUGUAAUUCAUAUAGCUUUGCAUUAUUUAGUGCUAUUUGAUUGAGCUUAUCUAAAACACAC